UGGUGUUGAUGGCACUGGAGGUGUGCCCAGAUGGGCUGGGUUGCCACACAGAUGUGAGCGCUGGUGUCGCGCACUGGUCUGGUCCCCCCAGUGAUCAAUAGAGUGCUGUGGUGUGACGUGCCUCGCUAUGUGCUGCUCCGGGUGCCCUCGGCCACCUAGGUGCUCACGCUAGGUGUGGUGAGGGUGUGCUAGGUGUGGUGAGGGUGUGCUAGGUGUGGUGAGGGUGUGAUGUAUGUGUGGUGAGAGGGAGGGAGGCCUGAAGGCCAAGAAUGACACUGUCGGAGCUGGGUGUGUGUGUAACAUCAGACACCAACGCUAAACGCACAGCAACCGAACCACUGCCACCCGUCCAUACUCAGGAGCUGUACGAUGUAAGCCUGGUUCCAGCUCCACCCAUGGAGAGAUGCGCUUCCAGCGCCUCUACCUUCUCCUUUAGCCAGGACAUCUGCAGAAUCUGUCACUGUGAAGGGGACCAGGAAUCACCGCUGAUAGCUCCGUGUUACUGCUCCGGCUCUCUGCGUUACGUUCAUCAGUCAUGUCUGCAACAAUGGAUCAAGUCGUCAGACACCAGGUGUUGCGAACUUUGCAAGUUCAACUUCAUCAUGCACUCCAAGAUCAAACCUUUCAACAAGUGGGAGAAGCUGGACAUGUCGGGGAUGGAGCGACGCAAGAUAGCGUGUUCCGUCACCUUCCACAUCAUCGCCAUCACCUGUGUUGUUUGGUCCCUGUAUGUCCUCAUAGAACGCACCACCGAAGAGGUCCAGGAGGGUACACUGGAAUGGCCAUUCUGGACUAAGCUGAUUGUGGUAGCAAUUGGGUUCACUGGAGGUCUUGUAUUCAUGUAUGUACAAUGCAAAAUGUAUGUACAAUUGUGUAAGAAAUGGCGUGCCUUCAACAGAGUCAUUUAUGUUCAAAAUGCUCCUGAAAAGGUUCCCUUAAGCGAGCGUGAUCGGGCAGAGUUGCAGCGCGAUGCUGUGCAGCAGUGUGGUGGUGGUGGGAAAGACAACUGCAGCGAGGCUCAUGAAUCUGAAAAGUCCCUCAUGGGUGUGUCCAUCAUCACUGGGGCAGCGACCCAUGAUCUAACUCCCACCACCAAUACCACCAUUACUACCACCUCUUUUAAUAAUAACACAUAUGUCACAACCAGCACUCUCACUCCCACAACUACCUCCACCACAACCACCAGUCCUCCUGGUGCUGUGUGGACGGAUGACCCAUCACUGCCCCUUGCUCCCCAGCCUGCCUUUACUACAGACCUAACUACUGCUGCUCCACCGCCUGCCUUCAAUACAGAUCUUACUACUGCUCCUCCACCGCCUGCCUUCAAUACAGAUCUCACUACUACUGCUCCACCGCCUGCCUUCAAUACAGGUCUCACCACUGCUCCUCCACUGCCUGCCUUCAAUACAGAUCUUACUACUGCUGCUCCACCGCCUGCCUUCAAUACAGGGGUUCUGUCUGGGAUGAGACGUUCCAGAACUACCCCUCACCAGGCUUCAGCAUUUGUUUCUAAAGCAGCACUUGACUUUAGGCCUGGAGCUAGAGAUACACCUCAAACAUUUGAAACCCAGUUUGUCUAUGAAGGAAGAUGUAACCAUGGAAGCAUGGAGGAGCUUUCCAGCCAAGCUCUAGCACAAAGUGAAUUACAGUCAAUCAGAAAAUCAAGUUCUCAUAGCGUGUGCCUAGAAAAAGGGGUAGAUCGUACUCUAGUCGGAAGUGGUAUGUCUCGACAAGAGAUGCUUUCUGAUAGCAAUGGACAUAUUCGAGAUGCUCUGUCUACAUCGAACUCUCGUAGAGUGGAGAUUCCUAGGGUGGAGCCUAGGAUGAUUCACACACCACGUCUUAGCCUGCAGUGCAGGACUGAAAGUGGUAUAGAUGCCCAUGAAGUGGAGACAUUACACCUAGAUAACAAGUGAUACUCGACACUUGGUGUUGAACUCCUUUGAUAAAUGGCUCCUUUUAGCAGGAAGCAUCUAUGAUAUUUAAUACUCUGCUCUUUUCUUAUUGAAAGCAAUGUGCUUAGCAUUUUCCCAUAUUCAUAAAUAGUGAAGUAAAGUGGAUGUAAUGACUACUUGUGAAGUUCACAUAUAAUGAACAUAUGCCAUGUAACAGAUCCUAUAAAAAAAAUUUGGAUAAUUUUUCCACUCAUUUAAUCAACUUAUUCAUAAUUAUAAACCAUCAUCAAAACUUUCAGGGUAAACAACUGCUUAUUGUAGCAAAAUUAUAUCAUUCAUAAAUUUAUAAAAUGCAAGUAAUUUUGUACUACAUAUUUGUAUAUUUCAUUUAACCCAUGUCUUUUAUCUUUUUUCUAUCCAGUCUUCAAAAUGUCUCCCCACUUCUAUUAUUAAAUAAAACUAUGAAAAAGUGUUGUGAUGCUGCAUAAUGACAGCAAAAAACUUGGUAUAACAAUGUAAAAUUAUUUACCAGAUUUUUACCAGUGUAGAAAACCAACUACACAAAAAAUGAGAAGAAUCUGGCAAACAAAGCAGACAAUUUAAAAUACAGUGUGGCUUCAAUGAGGCAGUGUAAUAUCGUUGCUUUGUCACAAAAGUAACUCUAAAACAGCUCAUGUACAAUCCACUACUGAUUGAUGAAGUUUGUGAUAUCAGUUCUUGAGAAAUCAUGAUUCUACAUAGAAUAAAAGUCACAAUACCGUGGCUGGAACAAUUCACAAAUGACCCGCAAUUAGAUGACCUGUCAGUCCAUCCUGGAUCAUUAUAAAGAUGCUUCAUUCCAUCCUGGACCAUUAUAAAGAAUUUAUGAUCCAUCUUUUAAGAUGUUUCAGUCCAUCCUGGACAAAUGACAAGAUGUUUCAGUCCAUCCUGGACAAGUGGCAAGAUGUUUUGGUUCAUCCUGGACAAUUAUCAAGUUACAACUUCCAUAAGUGUCCUCUAAGUGCAGGUUAUUUGUAAAUCGUUCUCUUCGUCAUCUUUUCUGAUGUCGUCUGUUCUUACCACUGUCUUGAUAUGAUUCCUCAGUGUGUAUCUUCUUUCAGCUCUAAUGACUUCAUGGAGCUAAGAUAAUGUGUAUUCCAAAAAACAGGGUUUAAUUAUCCUAUCUUUCUCAUAUACACAAAUUAUUAAUUAAAUAAUCAGUACAACAGAGAUACUUUUGAGGUCAUAAACUCUUGGCUUUACUAAUGGACCAUAAUUAAAAAAAAUACUGUAUGUACAUACAUUUAUCCUGAUAAGCUUUUACAUUAAUUUAGCAAGCAGACACCUUUUUCAUAGUAUAACAGAGUACAGAAAAUUCUUGCCAUUUGACAGCAAAGAUUAUAAAGAGAGUUCGAGAGGCUAUCAAAUGCAAAUACAAAUUUUUAUUUACAAAAGAUGUAUUUCAAGAGAAAUAAUUGCUUUAAAAACUAUACUGUUAUGGCUUUUGGAAAGUCCAUAUUUUUUUAUUAUGUUUUGAUUAAGUGUGGCUCACCGUAUCUGGUGAGAAUGCACACCUAAUUUUCAUUCAUAUCCAGGAUGUCUACGGAGAGAGAGAAAUGGUGCAAUGUUGACUAGUUGUGAAAAACAUAGUUACACAAGAGAACUCCAUCCGUCACCCCUGUCUAUCAAAUUUACCUUUAUGUAAAGUAAAAGGACACAAGUGCAACUAAUGUGACAUUUUAUUGUGGCAACGUUUCGCUCUCCAGGAGCUUUGUCAAGCCGAUACAAGCAGUAUAUGGACACAGAGGGUAUAUAAAUGGUAGUAGUAGUAGUAGUAGUAGUAGUGACAAUAUGAUAGA